AAACCUUAGCGUAUACACACACACUAGAUAGAUCAGAUUCUGCAGUUUCGGUAGGGCAUCCUGGGCUCGUUAUCUCAUGAUAUGGACUAGGGACUAAGACCCACCUUGCCACAAGUCGUCCGCUUGGGCUGCCCCAGGCGCGCACAGCGAUGAGAGGCACCUGACACGCACCGACACACCAGUAACGUCAUCACCAUGGUCGAGACGCGCGCGGCGCGCCGGCGGCCGAGCCCCAUCGACACGACGAAGAGUCCCCCGGCGAGUCCCGCCAAGGCGCCCUUCCCCGUCAUCAAGCUGCCCGCCGCCUUUACGGUGGACGCGGCCGAGCUCGGCGCCGACGUCCUCGCCUCGAAGAUGGCGGCGCUCGACGUCGUUGCGGUCGUGAAGACCGCCGCGGCCGUCCGGAAGGCGCCGCGGCGCAUGAUGAGCGUCAAGAAAGCUCCCCAGACGGUCCAAAAGAAGAAGCCGAAGCCGAAAGAAGCGCCGCCGCCGCCGUGCCUCAAGACCGUCUUCAAGGCCCUGCCCCACGCGUGCCGGUCGACGGACUCGGAGCUCCGGGCCAUCGAGCGGCGCGUCGCGACCCUGGACGUGCACGCGGCCGUGGAGACGAAGGGCGGCUGGGAGGGCCCCCCGUCGCGGAGCCUGCUAGGGCUGCCGCCGCCGGCGCUCCACAUCGAGCCGACGCCGGCGGCCGCGGCGCCGGCGCCCGCAGAGGACGCGCCGGCGCCGCCCAUCGACGACGCGGCCGUCGCGGCCGAGGCGGCGGCGGAUGCGCUCGCCGCGGCCGCCGCCGCGACCUUCGACGAGGACACCAUCUGUUCCUCCGACGCGAGCGAGGAGGGCAAAACCGCGGAGGAGCGCCUCGCGGCGCGCGACGAGGCGCGCGCCGCCAACGAGUUCGUCGACGCGGCGGCGGACGGGGAGCAGGUGAGGCCGCCGCUGCACUCGCCCGAGACGUUCCUGCACCUCCGCGAGAGCCACUCCAAGUACUAUAGGUACUACUAAGCUCGCUUGUUUGUCUA